AUGUCGAGUUGGCAGAAGAGUUCGAACACUAUCGAGAGUGUCUGGAAAAAGUGGAACGAGAGAUUGGAGAGGAGCAGAGAAUCAAAUGUCUCUCCGGAAGAUGGAGUGGAAAUCGACUCGACUUAUAAGCCAUCUGCUGGAACAGUUGGUAGAUCAAUGAAUUAUAUGGUAGAUUUUUUUAAAGAGAAAUUUCUGCGCUCCUCAUUCUCAAUGCCCGAUAAAGACCGCUGGAAAUUUGACUGGGAAUUCGCAAUGAUGGGUCGAAUGUUCGUCCCGCUGUCCUCUAUGCAUUUCGAUGCUUCCGAAUCAAUUUCUGAUCGAAUUCGAAGAUUUACCUCGAAAGAUGAGGCGGAAUUCAAAUUAGGUGAUAGAUAUGAGUUGGUGCUGAAAAAUGUGGAUGCGAAUAGCACGGGACACUAUAGAUGUAUCAAUCGGCAUGGCAGAAAUGUGAUUUCGAAUAUGUACUUUUUGGAGGUUUCGAAUAUGAAAAAAAUCGUAGCGCUAAAUGGAACAAUCGGGGUCGAGAAACUGCCAUCAGUCCCAUUGAAACCUGGAAAAGUGGAAAAAAUGAAACUGAAAUAUACAGUGAAAGCCAGUGACUGGAGUAAAUGUAGUUAUUGUUCAUCGGAUCGUGGCGAGCAGACAAGACAUAUCAAGUGUUAUAUUCAGCCCUUCACCAACAUUGCUUCCCAAAAACUUCAAUAUCGAUACCUCAGCCUUUAUGAUAAAAUUCCAUGCACAUCCUCCUUGGUCCCUUUGGAAGUCCGGAAAAAGCUGAAAGAAAUCGGAAAUGAUCAGAUCUUUCUGGAGACUCGUCCUUGCUUUGAAGAGUGCACCGGAGCAGAGGAAAUCAAUCGAAUCGUGAAUAAAUCUCAAGAUUUGGGAGAUAUCAGAACAUUGGAUUACUUGCCAGGCGGGGAAUUUGUGUUUGGAAAUGUGCUGCCUAGACUUUUACCUCCAGUUGUUAGAAGAGUUCAACUAGUUCUCUCCAAUGACCCUCAAGUACUGUCCUGUCAAAAAUUACUAGAUUUGAAUGCUGGCGUCCAUUGGUUUAGUCUGAAAAACGGACCGAUUCAACAUACAAAUAUUGACGAGCUCUAUGGGGAGAGAGCAUACUUCGAUGAGGACACUAAUCUAGUGUUUCGGCAGUUUACAAUGGAAGAUGAUGAUGAAUAUUUUUGCUACUCCUCCAACAAUAUCCUGAUCGGAACGUUCCACAUGAGAGUCGUCGAGAGUGACCAACACCAUCAAGUCAUCGAAGUCGUUCGUAUUUUUGUGAAGUUCAGUGCAUUCAUUUUCAUUUUCGCCCUUGUCGCAAGUCACUUGUACCGUUAA